GUGUGUGAACGUGGCGUCUGUUCGAGAAUCAUGCUGAAAACAUACCGUUGUUUGCUCAAGAAUCUAGAAUUUUUAGUACUAAAUGACUCUUAAACGCAGCCGUACUAGGACCCCUAGAUGGUCUAGUCUAUUUUCUAGGCGAUGCAUUAUUGUAAGUGCAAUUCUAACUCUGGUCUUCUUGAUUUUUGUAUCUUCGCAAAUUCGUCUUGAUCUGGAAGAAAAGUCGUUCUUUCGCAAGAUCAAACUGGUAAAGCAUAGCUGGUUUGAGCGGCAAUAUGUCGGUAGUUGGAUCCAGGGUAAGCUCUUGGCGAUGAAAUGGGAAAGCUACGUGGACGCCUAUUGCAAACAAGGCAAAAGUCUUGCCUUAGGGGGGGGCUAUACUAAAGACGACUAUCUUGACUGGACGGUCGAAAUUGCAGAACAACUUGGCUUCAAAGAUGGUCACUCUAUUUUCGAUAAUGGAUGUGGCUGUGGGGCAUUUCUGGUUGCAUUUAAUCUCACAUACAAUAACGUAAAAGUCGGUGGCUUGGAUCUGAGCAACGGUGCAAUUACAUUCGCAAAGGAGACAUUCCCUCAGUUCAAAGAUAAUUUCAAGGUUGGAAGUGUUGAAGACUUGUCCUUUGUUGCCACAGAAACAUUUGAUCACGCCAUGACGUUCUUUACAUUUCCGUAUGUGAGCCCAGAAGUACAGUGCAAGGCAGUCAAGGAGAUGGUCCGAAUUGUCAAACCAGGGGGGACACUCUAUGUAGGCCAUAACCUAGAGAGCGACUGUUUUAAGAAUCACAUCGGUAUCUACACCCUCCCCCUGUGUUUCUGGAAUGAGCAAUGCCUUGCAGGAAGUGAUGACAUUGAGGAAAUUUAUUAUAUCAAAGAAAGGGACCUGUUUGGUGUUGUGAAAUACUGUCCUGAAAAAAGUGCAGUCUUUAUCCGUAAAAAGGGCGUAGAGAAGCAACUCAAACAACAUGCAGGAAAGUACUAUUGUGAUAGCAAGUUUCCCCCUUCAGGGAGAAAAAAUUGAGCAAAUUUAUUUUCAGAAGUGAACAAAGUAAAAUUAUUGAUUUAUAACUACUAAUUCCUCAACCCAACAUAAACCACUGACACUGUUUUGUGUUUGGCAUAAGAGAAGUUUAUUAUAAAAUCACUACAAACUGAUAAAUGAAAAACUAAAAUAAUAAUAAUAAACCUCUCUGCCACCCUUCACACAAAGCCCAGGGUGGGAGGGCGGGAAAAAUAUGAGCUUGAUAUA